AUGGCUUGCAUUCAAGCGACUGGAAGGUGCAAAGGAGGCGGUCUGGAGCCGCCUCCAACAAAUAAUCUCCACCUGUUCACUCCAAGAGUUUUCCCCAAAACUCAUAGGACUGGAGGCAUGCAACCUGCCCAUGAGAGAAGAGAAACCCUCAACGUUCAAAGACCGAAGUCCGAACUACGAUUAGUUAGGAUCUUUUCGCUACGUUACCCGGCUUUCGGGAAGAGGUUCCGUAAUGGACAACAUCGACAAGGAAUACAAUCGGCUCGUGGAACGUGUCAUCCUGACUGCGCUGGGAAGACCCGGAGAAAAACCACCACGAGACGCCUGCCUCCGGAAACUCCAGAGCUGAUGCGUCAAGGUGGACCUGUACGAGCCGCAGGCAAACAAGAACUCACGUCCGAGCUCGCGAAGCUUUGCAUGAUAAAAGAAAACCUCAAAGCGAGGAGACCAGAACCGAAGGAGCCGAAAGGCCGAAGCUACAGAGGCGGGAAAGAGCAUUCGCUACGCCCGUCGAGAAUUCGCCAAUCGAAAAGCGAGGAUGAGUCCUCACUGGAACCGGAAGGGAACAACCAUAGCAUCGAGCAGGGGAAUGAAGAAAAUCAUUCACAAGUUCUUUUCUGCUCUUUUCGACACCCAUGUCCACUUGCCUCCUCACCAUCUGAGCGAAGACGGACAUGUCAGAGGUUCUCCCGUGCAAAGCACGACAUGCCAUCAUGUCAGUAA